AAAAAUGUAGGUAUAGUAAUUCACCCAAUUAGUUGGUAUUCGAUUAAAAUUUUCCAAGAAAAACAACAUAAUUAUUCAACUAACAACGAUAAAUAAAGAAAAAAUUUCAUUAGUAACCCAUUAAAACUGUCCUUAUCAUAAAUGUGAGCAUUUCAGUAUAUUCAAUUCACGUAUUAAAGAAGUGAUAAGAACUUACUGUACCUUCCUUUAGUUUUACGACAUUUUAUGCUAUAAAAUAUAAGAAUACCAUUUCUACUUAACCUUAACCGUGAUGGCUAUCAAUUCUGGAGUCUUACACUUUGAAUAUAAACUUUCACUAUAAAAACUCUAGAUUAAAGUUCUAACAAUAUAGUUGUGUUUCAAAUGCAGUAGAAAUGAUAUCCUUUAUUGUGUUUACCCUUUUUGUGCAUUUCUUGGGAGCUGAAGAAAUUGUCGAUUGGAAAAAUGUCCCACCAAGAAAUGUCGACGAUCGAAUAACAGCCAAUCCAAAUAUCGAUGAAGUUUCUUCGGAACAACAAGGACGCAUAACAAAUGGAAAAGUUGCUGAACCAAAACAAUUUCCCUAUCAAGUUGGACUAUUGCUUUAUGGAGAUGAAGGAAAGUCAUGGUGUGGAGGAACACUUAUUUCGGAACAAUGGAUUAUAUCGGCAGCACAUUGUGCUGAAGGAGUCAAUAGUGCUGAUGUAUAUUUGGGAGCUACAAAUCGAACUGAUCGUUCUGAAGCUGGACAACAAAUAGUUAAAGUAGAAAAGGAUAAUAUUAUUGUUCAUGAAGCAUGGGAUCGGGAAAGAUUACUGAAUGAUAUUUCUUUGUUUAAAUUACCAAACGCCUUAGAAUUGAGUGAUUACAUAAAACCAGCAAAACUCCCAGAAUCAGGAGAUACUUCAACGUACCAAGGGAAAAAGGCAAUAGCAUCAGGAUGGGGACGUGAUAGUGAUUCUGCCAGAGGAGCUUCUGAAGUACUUCGAUGGAUUGAAGUUCCAAUUAUGGCCAACAAUUUGUGCGGGAUUUAUUAUAUGGGAAAUAUUAAAGAUACAAAUAUUUGUAUUAAUACGAGAGGAAGAAAAUCAACAUGCAAUGGAGAUUCUGGUGGUCCUUUAGUUCUAGCUGAUGGAAGUGAUACCUUGAUUGGGGCAACAUCAUUUGGUAUUGUUUUUGGCUGUGAAGUUCAGUUUCCUGGAGUAUUUACAAGGAUAACAUCGUAUUUGGAUUGGAUAAAUGAAAAGACUGGAGAUUCUAAAAAUGAAUAAAUAUUUCAAUCAGGGGAAUAUUUUAAAAGGUAAAAUUAAUAUAGUUUUUGUGAAAGUUAGUUCCACUUUGAAAAUUAAAAAGAACUUAAAGCAGAUA